AUGAGGGUCGACAACAUCAUGAACGUGCUGGCGGGCACCUACAUGCUGCUGAACUCGAGCACCACGCAAGACGGCGUUCCCGUCCCGGACGAGGCGUACGGCAGCAACCCGUCGGGGAUCCUCGUGUACACCAAGUCGGGGUUCGUGACGGCCACCAUCACGUCGACGGACCCGGAGGACCGGCCGUCGGGGCUCACGUUCCCGCCGCAGGCGGGCCAGAGCGACGGCGACUGGGCCAACGUGGCGCGGCACCUGGUCGCGUACGCGGGGCCCGUGACGGUCAGCGACGCCAUCCCGGCCACCAACGAGUCGGGCCAGAUCUUCCACGGGCCGCUGACGGUGGCGCACGUGCCGGCGUGGGUCGGCAACUUGCAAACGCGCAACUACACGCUGUUUGAGGGCGGCCGCCUGCUCAAGAUCGGGUCCAAGCGGGACGGCGGCAACGAGGGGACGCUGUGGUGGAGGAAAAUGGACUAG